CCUCUCUGGGUGAUGUCUCCCGUUACAUGAGAAGCUUCACCAACAUGGCCGAGGUGGACUCCUACCUGUCCUUCAAUGUCAGCUCCGCCCUCUGCCUCACCGCCAGCGUCCUGGAGGCGUUUCCACGGCGUCCGGGCCUGCGACGCACCGUGGUCAACGUGUCUUCGCUGUGCUCCGUGAAGCCGUACAGCUCCUGGGUGCUGUACUGCACCGGCAAGGCAGCUCGGGAGAUGAUGUUCAGGGUGCUGGCGGAGGAGGAGCCCGAUGUGCGGGUGCUCAAUUACGCUCCAGGACCUCUGGACACCGACAUGUACCAGUUGGCCAGAUCCAGAACAGCUGAUCCCGCCGUCAAGAAGAAUUUUUCAGAAAGGUUCACUCAGGGUCAGGUGCUCACCUGCGAUGAGUCCUGCACCAAAAUGAUGAAGGUGCUGCUGGAGGACAAAUACGUCUCUGGAUCUCACGUGGACUUCUACGACGUCUAGACCCGACAGCUUACAAGCAUUGAGCCGCUCCCAUGAUGUCAUUAUGUGCCUUAAUAUAAAGUCAGACGUUAAAGUACCAGUGUGAAGAGUUUGACCUUCAUCGUGAUGUUGUCAUCAGUGUUUCAUCUCCUCGUGUUCUCAUUAUUUAUAUCAGUGUUUAAAUCUGCUCCGCUCAGACAGAACGAACCAAACACUAGAUCCAGUGUGUUGCAAUGUGCAUCCUCACCACUAGGUGACACUAAAUCUGACGCACCAAAGCUUUAAUAGGUGAAUUUUUAAUCUAAAUGAAUAAUGUGUGGCCUUCGUUAAAUAGAUGUGAUUAAAUAAAGUUUGUUAAAUCUGUUUUCAAAACAUUCCAGAAAAAGAGUUAAUUCACUGACCCGCCACCGGAGGUGCCAUCGUUAACUUCGGUGCCUGCAACGAUAGAGAGCGUAGAUUUAGACGCUAAAGGAAGAGAACACGAAGGAGCACAUCUCCAGAUAAACAUCGGUUGGUUUCCGUGACGACCGUUCACUUCAAGUGUUCUCAGGUGGAGUCCUGCCACUCGGCGGCCAUCUUGUUUUGUGACGUGUAAUAACUGUUCUGUGUUCGAGACCCAACAACACUUUUAUAAACUUUAUUAUUUCAUAUGUUUCAGAAAUAAACCAAAAGGAGCCGAAAC